AUGGCGGAUACCCAGAGUAACCGGCCGCAUCGGCCCAAGAAGGAGAAGAAGCCGCACAGUGGAGACAAGAACCCAAAGGCUUUCGCAUAUGCAGCGCCUGGCAAAUUGAAGAGGCAGGCGGCGCGCUCUACUGAAGUCAAAGAAAAGCGCCUUCACGUCCCACUCGUCGACCGCCUUCCCGAAGAAGCGCCCCCAAUCAUCGUAGGCGUAGUCGGCCCUCCAGGUGUCGGAAAGACGACUCUCAUCAAGAGCUUGAUCAGACGAUACACGAAGCAGACCCUCUCCACCCCCACCGGCCCGCUCACCGUCGUAACCUCGAAGCGCCGACGUCUCACCUUUAUAGAAUGUCCCGCCGAUUCGCUCGCCAGCAUGAUCGAUGUCGCCAAGGUGGUUGAUAUUGUGCUGUUGAUGAUUGACGGUAAUUACGGGUUUGAGAUGGAAACUAUGGAGUUCUUAAAUGUCCUCAGCGCAAGCGGUAUGCCGGGUAACGUCUUCGGUAUAUUGACGCAUUUGGAUCUGUUCAGGAAGCAGGAAACACUCAAACUGCAGAAGAAGAGGCUAAAGCACAGGUUCUGGAGCGAACUGUACCAGGGCGCAAAGCUCUUCUACCUCAGUGGUGUGGUGAAUGGACGGUACCCGGACAGAGAAAUCAUGAAUCUUUCGAGAUUCUUGAGCGUCAUGAAGAACCCUAGGCCGUUGGUGUGGAGGAAUUCGCAUCCGUAUUGUUUGGCGGAUAGGUUUCUGGAUAUCACACCCCCGACCGAUAUCGAACAAAAUCCAAAGUGCGAUCGGACGGUAGCAUUGUAUGGAUACCUUCGUGGCACAAACUUUCCUGCAGGAGGGUCGCGAGUGCAUAUACCAGGUGUGGGCGAUCUUACCGUCACUUCGACAGAAGCUUUGCCCGACCCAUGUCCGACACCGUUUGCAGAGAAGGCGGUUGAGAAGGCGUCGGGGAAGAAAAAGCGCACAAGACUCGGGGACAAGCAAAAGGUUCUGUAUGCGCCCAUGUCGGAUGUUGGUGGUGUCUUGGUUGACAAGGACGCUGUUUACAUUGACGUGAAGACUGCUACAUUCGACCCAGAGGCAGACUACUCAGAGAAAGGUCUGGGAGAGCAAAUGAUGAUUGGUCUGCAGGGCGGAAGAAAACUGCUAGGUGAAGAUGACGGAAACUUCCGACUGUUCAGGGACGGCGAGGCUGUAGACAGCAAGAACCUCGAUGAAGAUGUUGAAGACACUGGCCGACGAUCACAGAGGACAGCUAGAGCUGCUGCUGGCGAAGACGUCGAUGAUGCAGAUCUUGAUGGCAUUGCCAGCGACGACGAAGAGCUACAGCAGGACCAUAGCGAUGCCGACGACGAUGAAGAUGAUACAGGCUUUCUCAACAGCAAUGGCCCAUCGAAUGGCAAACUGAAAGUUGGACGCAAAGAAAAGGAUGCCACCGAGGCGCAGCUGAAGAUGUGGCCUUUGCAGACAAUGGGGCGCGAUGGAAAGCAAAUCUCCGCGAAAAUGCUGCAAAGCUACAAUGGUAGGAAACGACCGUACCGCGUCACCGACCUUGCCAAGAUGAUGUACAACAUGGACCUGGCCCCCGAAGAAGUCAUCAAGAAGUGGAGAGGGGAUGACAAUGAGGAGGAUAUUGAGGAAGAGGGUGACGAAGAUGGUGACUUCUUCAACAAGUCAAAGGAAAAUGCUUUUGCUAUUACCGAAGACCGCUACAUUCCCAAAUACAACUACGAGGAGCUAGCCGAGAAGUGGGAAGAUGAAGAGAAUGUUGAGGCCCUGAUGGGUCGUUUCGCUUCAGGCCAUAUGAAUGGCAAGGGAGGUGACGACGAAGAGAAUGACGACGACUUUGAGGGCUUCGAUGAGGAUGAUGAGGGCGACGGAGAAUUCGAAGAUUUAGAGACGGGCGAGAAGCACGGUGGAGAAGUUGAGAACACCGGAGCAGAGGCGGAAGCAAAUUCGAUUGAGGCAGAGCGUGAAAAGAACGCGCGGAGAAAAGAGGAGCUCAAGUUGCGAUUCGAAGAAGAAGAUCGAGAGGGCUUCAUGAACGACAAAGCCGAUGCGCGAAAAGAAGCAGGCCAAGAAGAAGAGUUUGGCGAAGAUGAUUGGUAUGAUGCGCAAAAGGCCAUGAUACAAAAGCAGCUCGACAUCAACCGCGCUGAAUUCGACCAACUCGACGAGCUAUCGCGUGUUCGUGUUGAAGGUCACAAGGCAGGGACGUACGCCCGUAUCGUCCUCGAAAACGUUCCUUACGAGUUCUCCGCACACUUCAACCCGCGCUUCCCCGUUCUUAUCGGCGGGCUCACACCAACUGAAGAACGCUUUGGCUACGUCCAAAUACGUAUAAAGCGACACAGGUGGCACAAGAAGAUCCUCAAGACUAAUGACCCGCUCAUCUUCUCUCUGGGCUGGCGCCGAUUCCAAACCCUACCCAUCUACAGCAUCUCCGAUUCACGAACGAGGAACCGCAUGCUCAAGUACACACCGGAGCACAUGCACUGCUUCGGUACUUUCUACGGCCCACUUGUCGCCCCAAACACAGGUUUCGUCUGCAUCCAAUCUCUCUCCAACAAAACACCCGGCUUCCGUAUCGCCGCCACCGGCGUCGUCCUCAACGUAGACGAAAGUACGGAAAUCGUAAAGAAGCUCAAGCUCACAGGUCACCCCUACAAAAUUUUCAAGAACACCGCCUUCAUAAAAGACAUGUUCAAAUCAGCACUAGAAAUCGCAAAGUUCGAGGGCGCAAGCAUACGCACCGUAUCCGGUGUACGCGGCCAAAUCAAGCGCGCCCUCAGCAAACCAGAGGGAAACUUCCGCGCCACGUUUGAAGACAAAAUCCUCAUGAGCGACAUCGUCUUCCUGAGAGCCUGGUACCCUAUCAAGCCCCGCCGCUUCUACAACACCGUCACCAACCUGCUCGCCCCCGCCACCCCCGACCUCGAAGGCGAAAGCACAAGCUGGCAAGGCAUGCGCCUGACGGGUCUCGUCCGCCACGAAAACAACCUCCCCACCCCCUCCGACAAAAACUCUGCCUACCGCCCCAUUACCCGCGAAACACGCGUCUUCAACCCCCUCCGCGUGCCCCGCAAACUCGCCGCCGACCUGCCGUUUAAAUCGCAAAUCGCAACAACUAAACCACAGAAGAAACAGACAUACCUCCAGAAACGCGCCGUGGUGCUCGGCGGCGAGGAGAAGAAGGCCAGGAGGCUGCUUGAUCAGGUCGUCGCAAUUCGCAAUGAUAAGGUGGAGAAGAGGAGACAGAAGCAGCAGGAGCGCAAGGAUCCGUAUAAGAGGAAGGUCAAGGAGAAUGAAGAGAAGAGGGCGGAGAGGGAGAAGAGGGAGAAGCAGGAGUAUUGGGCUAGGGAGGGGAAGAAGAGGAAGGGUGAUGCUGGGGAGGGAGGUGGUUCUGCGAAGAGAAGGAAGUGA